UUGAUUGAACCCGUCAGUGAAUCAGCUGAUCUCCUCGCAUUACGUGGAACGGAAUCAGCUGUGUGCGACAUGGAGGAGCUGGUGAGCGAGGAUGUCGAGAUACCGGCCGUCAAAUACGAGUAUCUGGAUCACACCGCGGACGUACAAUUGCACUCAUGGGGCGACACUAUGGACGAGGCUUUCGAGCAAUGCGCGAUGGCCAUGUUCGGCUACAUGACGGAGCUCGAGCGCGUGCAGAUCACACAGGUGCAUCACAUCGAGGCCGAAGGUCACGACAUGGAGAGCCUGCUCUAUCACUUUCUCGACGAGCUGCUCUUCAUGUUUAGCGCCGAGCCAUAUAUAGUCGCCAAGAAAGUCAAGAUUACGGAAUUCGAUCGAGGAGGAUUUAAAAUCAAGGCAACCGCGUACGGCGAGGAGUUCACAAUUGGCAAACACACGCAAGGCGCAGAGGUAAAGGCCAUCACGUACUCGGCGAUGCAGAUCAACGAUCGCCCGCAGGUGGAGCGGCCCGAAAUCUUCGUGAUCGUCGACAUAUGAUAUUACCCUCUCGGCCCGUCGAUCGCCCUGCACACACAUACCUCGACGAUAUUUUUGCUGCGCAACUUUCCGGUAAUGCUCUAACAACAGUGGAGAAAGAGUAGUGGGGAAAAAGGGGGUCUACUUAGCUUGGACGGGUGGUUCGUGGAAAAAGUAAGAGGGGGGAAGGUAGCCGAAGGGCAAGAAGAGAAACCGUAUGCCUCCCCUAUGGUCUACAUAUAGGAGUGAUCCUUUUGUACUUGCCCCGUGUAGGGUUCAAAUAAAUACGUUACGAAGAAUGCACCGGGCCUCCCUUCUUCUUGGCUCGACUUGACUCAGGCGUGUAUUAAGAUCACCGGAACUCCCGGGAAAGCGCAAUAAAAAAAGAGCAAGGGAUUAUCGAUGUCAUAUACUGUGUAUACGUAAAAGAAAUUAAUAUUUUACUUAUUUAACAUUGUUAUUUACAAAAUACAAUCAAUACGAUAGAGUCCUUUUACUGUAGUAGCUAUUGCCUUUGAACUACGGUUCUCCUUUAGAUUUCUCACUACACUCACUUUUUUUCAUAAUGAUCACACACGAGAAAGCGAGAAAAGUACACAAAGUCACGGUUGAUUACACGCGCGAUGUUCUGCGUGCGUCAUUAAAGUAAAGCCAAUUUAAACUCUAUCUUUAACGCUUCAUUAACGUUUAUAAUAUAAUAUAUUUGCCUGACUAACGCUUUAGGCACGUACCCUCGAUUGUAUAUUUCAUUUAUCAGCGGUAAAAUGGAAAAAUGAAAAAAAAAAAUGAUUAAUUUCAAAUGUAGGUCACACAGCUUUCCGUUGCUAUUUAUAGAAAGGUAUGGUAUCGUUAACGUUACUUCUUUAAUGUUACACACGUUUUAAAUCUAUUGUACAGUCGUUCAAUAGAAUUGUAUUGUAUUGUAUAUGCAUUAUGCAACACGCGAGGAUGUAAAUUGUGAUAUAAACUCGAUGGAAAACGUCGAAGAA